AUGUCAUCUGAGGAGGACGGCGGCAACCUCGGGACGACGGCGGUGGCGGGGGGAGCAGAGUGUUUCGUCGGCGGCGGCGGCGGCAUCGGUGGUGGGGGUGAUCCGUUGGACGGUUCGGCCGACAAACUGUUGAAGAACAAGGCAAAGCGGAGCAGACAGCGCGUGGAUGCCGGCGAGCCACGUAACAGUUACUCGUCCAUUCCGAAUUUCAGUUCGCGACCGAUCGUGUCCUCGGCACCACUGCUCAAUCAGGCCGCCAGCUUCUACGGAGCAUUUUUUGGCCAAGGCCACCAACAGUACUUCUUCAACCAGGGCUUCGCGCCCGGUAAAAUGCUAAACGAGUUCAUCGGCCGUCAAGUCAAAGAAGAAAUGGUGACCAUGGACUCGUCCGACUGCCUUACACAGCCACUGCCCGGUCUACCCGGUUCGCCGGCCACCGGACCCAACAGCGAGCUGGCUCAUCACAUGCUCCGUGACAUACUACAGGGCAGAAAAAAGGAACUGCUCGCCCUAGAACAGGAGUUCCGCAACUCCGACGACCCGUCGUCGCCGGACAACAGUAUCAUGAACAACAACAACAACAUAAACAGCAACAAAAACGAUAUCAGCGGCGCGGACGACUGCACCGCCACCGCCGCCGCCAAAAAUUUGGCCGCCGCGGACAUCGUCGACAGCUGCAGCGGCAAGCCAGUUGAUCCAGUCGAGGUAAGCUCAGUUAACAAUUUUAUUAACAACAACAACAAUAACGCGGUGACCAACGAUCACGACGCGGACGACAUUAAUGACGGUACCGAUUCCGAGAGGUCACUGGGCUCGCCUGUGUCCGACACCAAAGAAAUCGCGGCCGAGGAACAAAGUAAAGAUUUCGAGGUGAAAGUCGAACAAAACGAGUUAAAAAAAGCUAGGGUCGAAAACAUCGUGUCUACGAUGAGGUCUAGCCCGUCGUUGCCGGUCCAGGUCAACGGCUGCAAGAAACGCAAGCUGUACCACCCUCAACAGCACGACAACAGCGAGCGGUAUAACACGAUGGACGUGGACGACGACGACAACGACGACGAUGACGAAGAGCUGAGCCCCAACGAGCUCAGACAAAAAAUGGUCGAGAAAAACGUGCUGAAGGAUCAACUGCGCACCAUGCAGGAACAGUUGGCGGAAAUGCAACACAAGUACGUUCAACUGUGCACCAGGAUGGACAACGACGACGAGCCCGAAGACGGUAGCGAUGUCGAACAGGAACAAGUUGAAAUAUCGGCAGCGCGGCACAGCCCGCCGGCCGCCCCGAAGUGUACUACACCGCUUCCGAUGAUGCCCUCGUCGGCCCAGCAGAUCAACCCAAACUUUUCAAAAAUGGUCAAAUUUCUGCCACAAACGCACAUGCCCAUACACCCGUCGUUUAACGGGGCACUGACACUGCUCCAGCAGCAAGUACUCCAGGAGCAGCACAACACUCACAGCCAACACCACGCGAUCAACAACGCGGCGGCCAUGUACCUGCAGGGAGUCGGCCACAAACUAUUCAUGGAACAGGAAGCCAGGCUGGCCAAGGAAGCCGCUAUCGCAGCCGAACAGCAGCUACAUCAACAGCAGCAGCAACAACAGCAACAGCUACAACAACAACAACAACAACAACAACACCAACAACAACAACAACUACAGCAACAACAACAGCAGCAACAACAGCAACAACAGCAACACCAUCACGCACACCACGUCAACCAGAUGAACGUGCCACCGCCCAUGCACCCGCAAAAAGCCGCGUCUGCCGAAACCCCCGAAAAGAUCGCGGCGGUGCCCGGGUCCGGCCGUCAGCCAGCUACCGCACAACCGUUCCCAGACCUCGACCUGUUGGCGGACGCACUCAAGUCCGAAAUAUCCACCACGCUAACCGGGCUCAUCGACACGAUAAUGGCCAAGUUCGCGCAACAGCAACAACAGCAGCAGCGCAAACCGUCCAAAACGGCGGACGCGGCGGACAUGCAACUGUCGUCUAAAGACGUUGACCGCAAGUCGCCCAGGACCAAAGUCAUCGACCGCGGUAGCCACGGAGCCGACCGCGGCUCCGGUUUGGUGAACGGCCUGUCGAAGAUGAUGAACGGCGUCGGCGGCGGCGGUUACGGCGCCACGAGCCAGGUGCCGGUGACGGGCGGCGGUAGCGGCGGUAACGGCGGUAGCAGUAACGGUCUGCUGCAGAUGCCCAGCAACGGACCGACCGAAUUGAGAAACGGUUUGGUCAACACGACGUGUGGCGCCGGAGCCGGCCUUUACAACGGUGCGGACGCCGUCGCGGCUGCCGCGGCGCUCGGACACGUCCGAGGCGCUCAAAUGUUUGCGCCAAAACUGCACGGCUCGGCCGGUCUGAGCAACGCGGCCGCGGCGGCCGCCUUGUACUCGUCCAUGAGCGGGCUUCCGUCACACCUGAACCCGUUCUGCAUGGAACGCGAACCGGCGCCCGAACAGAACGAGGCUCUCAGCCUGGUGGUGAUACCCAAAAAGAAACGGCAUAAGGUCACCGACACCCGGAUCACCCCGCGCGCCAUCAAUCGCAUACUCACUCAGGACUCGGUGAACAACAACAACAGCAGCAGCAGCAACAACAAUAACAACAACAGUGGCAACGGAAAUCCGAUACAAUCGUUGGACGGCAGGGCGCAGCAACCGGUCGGCAGCACGCAGGCCAUGCAGCAGUCCGCCGUCAUGCAGCCCACGGCUGGCGACUCGCCCCCGCCGCCGCCGUCCCAACAGCGGCCGUUCCACCAGCAGCAGCAGCAGCAGCAGCAGCAACAGCAGCAGCAACAGCAAUCGCCGUCGGUCACGCCGACCGCUCCGCAGCCGCCACCUCCGCCGCCCUCGAUGCCCAUGUUGCCGGUGUCGCUGCCCACUUCGGUGGCCAUACCCAACCCCAGCCUGCACGAGUCACAGGUGUUCAGCCCGUACAGCCCGUUCUACACCAGCCAGCACCAGGGCGUACCGCACCACAUCCCGUCGUCCAGCCCGCCCGGCAUGUCCGACUCACCACCGCCGCCGCCACCACAGCACCAUCACGGAUCGCUGCUCCACCCCGCCCUGCUGGCCGCCGCGCAGCACCACAACUCGUCGCCGGACCUGAUGAGCAUGAAGGCCCGGAUGGACAUGUCCAUGGGCAACGGCGGCAACGACAGCGUCGAUCGCAUUUCCGAGUGCAAUUCCGGGGACGGACCAUACGACGGCAUGUCGCCUAUAUCGUCAACCCUGACUCCAAUGCACUUGCGAAAAGCCAAGCUGAUGUUCUUCUGGGUCCGGUACCCCAGCUCGGCCAUCCUAAAGAUGUACUUCCCCGAUAUCAAGUUCAACAAGAACAACACCGCACAACUAGUCAAAUGGUUCUCAAACUUCAGAGAGUUCUAUUACAUUCAGAUGGAAAAAUACGCACGGCAAGCCGUCAGCGAGGGUUUGCAGAGAUCCGAAGAUAUACACGUCAACAAGGACAGCGAGAUCUACAGGGUCCUCAACCUGCACUACAACCGCAACAAUCACAUUGAGGCACCUAGCAAUUUUGAGUAUGUGGUCCAGCAGACCUUACGCGAAUUUUUCGUGGCUAUCCAAAACGGAAAGGAUACGGAACAAUCGUGGAAAAAGUCUAUAUACAAGGUCAUCUCUCGUAUGGACGACACGGUGCCAGAGUACUUCAGGUCUCCGAACUUCCUCGAACAGCUCGAAUAAACGAUAUAUAAUAUACAUUAUAUAUUUAUAUACACGCAUUCGACUCGCGUCUGUAAACUGUGCUUUUUUUAAAAAUUUUAAUAAUUAUUAUCGUUUUCAUUAAAAAAAAAAACGAAAGCUCAAAACAAUGAGUUUUUGUGAUGGGUUAUAUUAUAUUCUAUUUAUGCAUUGUUGUGUACAGUCAUUUUGAAAACAAAUUUUAUAACAUUCAUUAUGUUUUACUUUUUGGUUUCUAAAUAUUUUUAUAAAACAUUAAGGGCGGUCUCUUUGUACAAAGGAAAAAUUAAUAUUAUGUUGUACAAAAAAUUUAAAUUUAUCUUUACUUAUUUUAUUUUUAUAUAAUUAUAUAUAUAUUUUAAAAAGAAAAAAUUAUAAUCACCUAUAUAUUGAAAUUAUAUAUAUAUGUAUAUGGAAUAGUCUAAAUGUAUAUAGGGAACAAGAGACCCACCAAUUUUUAUUUAUAAAAAAAAUAACCAAUAUUACGAUGUAUAGUAGAGAUAUUAUUGCCCCAAAUAUGGGUCGGUUAAUGUACACAACAUAUUAUUUAUAUAUAUUAAUUGAUUGUUAAAAACUACAUUUUAUUCACACGGGGUACCCAUUUUAUUAUUAUUAUUAUUAUUAUUAUUAUUAUUAUUACUAUUAUUAUUAUCAUUAUUGUCAUUAUGAUUAUUAUGUACCUAUUAUUAUUUUUAAUUUUACAUCAAUGUUUAGGUUAGGUUAUAUUGUUAUUUCACAAUUUUAUAGCACUUGAUAACAAACUAAAAACAAUUUUAAACAAAAUUAAAUCCGCCCGCGACGGCGUUCAAAUACUCCCUCCCCCUCCCCCCCACUCACGUGAUCUCACAUUAUUCCAAUUAUAAUUAUCUAGCGUAAUUUUUAUUUUUUAGUUUAUUUUAUUUUAUUUUAUUUAUUUUAUUUUUAUUAUUAUUUUUUUUUUUUUUUUGGUGUGGUGAGUUUCUCCUAGUCAAAUAAAUUAAAAAAUAAAAGGAUCAUAUAUAUUAUUAAUAAUAGUUCUUACAAUAUUAUAAUUUCGUCGUUAUUAUUUUAUCGUUGUCGUUAUUAUACAUAUAAUAUCAUUAUCACCGUUUAUAGUUUUCCCCAUCCGCUCGCGGUACCUCCGCCCAUAGACACAGACCACUUCCAAUAACAUAAACUUUGAUAUUAUAACAUAUUAAUGAUAUUCAGAAUACAAUCAGUUUACAGACAGUUUACAACUCGCAACACAAAUAUUAUAACAAUAUUACAGCAAUAAUAUUCCUAUACAGCCGAUUUAUCACACGAUAUAUACAUACACACGUGCAUAUUUAUACACACACACACACUCUCACACAUACUCAAAUAAUAUAAGUACAUACAUCGAACAUGUUUUACAAUCGAAUACAAUAUCGCAUAUACACACAUAAUAUUAUAUACAUCAUACAUCAUCACACACACAUUUAAUAUAUGUAUAUAAUAUAUUAUACGAAUAGAGUACCUAUAUACUUAUACAACAUUAUAUUAUAUUAUAUAUUAUUAUAGACACACACAGGCGCAAAACUUAUAUACAACACUCGAAGGACAUCGCACACAUCAUACACAUAUACGUGUCCCCGCGCGGGACCUGUAUAAUUUGAGAAUUUUUUUUCGUUCCGUUUGUUUCGUUGUUUUAGUUCGCCGCGCGUAUCAGACGAAAUAUUUUACUUCUUCCGUCGACAAGAUAUUAUUACGCUCGUGUAUAUUUUAUUUUCCACGCAUAUCACGCAUCCGUAUAUACAAACCACCCUCGGUACACACACACACAUACACAUAUACACACAAACGGAUAUAUUUAGAACAGACAGAUACACCGAUAAUAUAUAAAUAUAUUAUCGAAUUAUAUACAUCACACAGACAGUUUAUACAAUACAUUAUAAUAUUAUUAUUAUUAUUAUUAUUAUACGCUACACGACACAAUAUUAGCAACAGAAAGAAAAUACACAUUAUAUAUAUAUAUAUAUAUAUACACACACAUAUAUUAUAUACGCGCCGAAUUCGGUGGGUGGUGAAAAAACGCAAAGACUUACGAUUCGCCGGCGUUCUGCACAGUCGGAUUUCGGCGUUUAGCGAUCCGCCCCGUCCCCCCGUCACGCGCGAGUUUCAAACGCAGUUUCAGUAUUAUAGUUACAAUAAUAUAACAGACGCGAGUCGCGAAAGUCCGCCGCAAGACGGACGGUACACCUACACCCGCCCACACAUACACACACGCACACACACAUACAGAUCGCAAUCACCCCAGUUAUUAUAUACACCAUCGCAUAUAGACGCAGACAGAUAGACAGACAGCCGAAAAGUUAUAAACAUAAAUCAUAUAGUACACAGCGAUAGACUUUCGGUAACUCGGGAGUUCGUGGGUUAGAAAAAAAUAAAAGCCGUCGGACAGUUCGUUACAUCCGAAAACUGAUGAAAAUUACACGACUAUCGCGAGAGGCUUAACGAGGAAAAAAAUUUAAAAUUCCAGUUACCGACGAGAGUCGACUGCAAUACAUAUUAUACAUAGACACACCCACCCACAUACACACACACACACACAUAUACAUUUGCGCAGGGGAUUCGUAUAUUAUAUAAUAUUUUCUAUAGAUUUAAACCGGUACAGACGCACAUAGGAAAUAUGUGCGACAAUUAUAUAAUAUACAGAAACAAAAUAGCGUGUUUGUUGUACGACAAACACGUUAAAAAAAUGGCAUUGUAGAUUUAAACAAUAAUAUGAUAUAUUAUUAUUAUUAUAUUAUUACGAUAUAACUCUAAUAUUAUUUUUUAUUCGAUUUUUUCACUAUUACUACUACUAAUAAUAAUAAUACUACUA